UGCUCAGGCCCUGUGUGAAUUGAGGAGAUCUGAUGAGUUAGCUGGUUGCUAUGGCGAGGAGCCGUGUCACGUGGCCCUGGAGCUGCUCCCGGCGCUUUGACGUCACCGGCAAGCGAGGAAAGGGGAGGGGUGGCGGCGGCGCGGAGGAGAGCCGAGCCGAGCCGAGCGCGACAGAAUCUGUAGCGAGCGAGCCGAGGGAGCGACGAGCCCGCCCAGCUCCUCCACACUCUCUGCACCCUCACCCGCGUUAGGGCUGCUUGCCUUUGGGAGCGCUCCAAUGCCUGGACCUACCCAAGCGCUGUCCCCAAAUGGAGAGAACAACAACGACAUCAUCCAGGAUAACGGCACCACCAUCAUCCCUUUCAGGAAACACACGGUGCGAGGAGAGCGCUCGUACAGUUGGGGAAUGGCGGUCAACGUGUAUUCUACCUCUAUAACCCAAGAGACUAUGAGCAGACAUGAUAUCAUUGCAUGGGUGAAUGACAUAGUAGCUUUAAACUACACAAAAGUUGAACAACUGUGUUCAGGGGCAGCUUAUUGCCAGUUCAUGGAUAUGUUGUUUCCAGGAUGUAUUAGCUUGAAAAAAGUAAAAUUUCAAGCAAAGCUGGAGCAUGAAUACAUCCAUAAUUUCAAACUUCUACAAGCAUCAUUUAAAAGAAUGAAUGUGGAUAAGGUGAUUCCAGUGGAGAAGUUAGUAAAGGGGCGCUUCCAAGACAACCUGGAUUUCAUACAGUGGUUUAAGAAAUUCUUUGAUGCCAACUAUGAUGGAAAAGAGUAUGAUCCAGUGGAGGCUCGGCAAGGCCAAGAUGCUAUUCCACCACCUGAUCCUGGAGAACAAAUCUUUAAUUUGCCCAAAAAAUCACAUCAUGCAAACUCCCCUACAGCAGGUGCUGCCAAAUCCAGUCCAGCUUCAAAACCAGGCUCAACACCAUCUCGCCCAUCAUCAGCAAAAAAAACACCUCCAAGCAGCUCAGCAUCUAAGUCUGAUAAAGAUUUGGAGACACAGGUCAUACAGCUCAGUGAACAGGUACAUUCAUUAAAACUUGCACUCGAAGGUGUGGAGAAGGAAAGGGAUUUCUAUUUUGGAAAGUUAAGGGAAAUCGAGCUUCUCUGUCAAGAACAUGGGCAGGAAAAUAAUGACCUUGUCCAGCGGUUAAUGGAAGUUCUCUAUGCUUCAGAAGAACAUGAGAGCCACACAGAAGAACAUGAAGGUGAAGAACAGGUUCAUGAACAGCCCCAGCAGCAGGAAGAAUACUGAUUGUCUGGCACUCUUUUAAUGUUAUGUGGGAACUUUCUUCUGAAGAAGGAACGUGUGUGGCCUCAGACUUGAAACCAAUCACUCUCAGUCUGCCAUUAACAUAAAUGUACCAUAGUGAGUGUCAGCCAGCUGCUGCAUUCUGUACCCAUCCUUUGCCAAGAUGUGUUUGCAGAAGUCUUCUUAUCAGGGUAUGCACCUGAGAAGGUCUCUGGGCUUUGUUCCCAAUUUCUGCCACUGCAACUUCACUAUUUGGCUGCUUGAGAUUUGUUCAGCUUUUUAAAUAUAUAUAUAUAUACAUAUAUAUAUAUAUAAUAUAUUUAUUUUUCCUUUUGUCUUAAGUAUGAUACAUUUGUAAUUUGUUCAAAACUAUUUAUAUGGGCAUCUCUUAUGAUAAAGUGCUAUUCUGUUUGCUUUCUCACAUGUCAUGGUAAUUUGAUCCACUUGGGCAUAAACUGGGUCAGUCUGUGUGAGGCAGGAAAAUCAACUGAAGUAAUAGCCAAAAUAUAUUUCUUCCCUUUCCUUAUGACACAUAAGGAAGCAAAUUUUUCCUAAUUAAGAAGAAAAGCAAAACACCAUGAACUAUAAUCCUCCCAAUGUUGUACACCAAAGCAUGUUAGAAAACUGCAGUCUUUUAUAUCUGGAAGAUGCAUAUAUACCUGUCUAACUCUUACACUGAGAGCUUUGUGACAUUGUCCCUGCUGCUAGAAAUGUUUUUCCUGUUUCAAUUCCAUAUUCAGUGUCUGUCAGUUAGGAGUCUAUAAAAGUCUUCACUACUAUAUUGGUACCUUCCCAUGUCACUUGGACUUAGACUACUUAAGGAAAUGGAGAUUAUGAGGAUUUGCCAUUUUCCUUUUGUGAAUGUGGUGGAUAAACACAUUUUUAUUGUAGGAUUGGGCAUGCCAAAAUAUUUACAAGCACAAUCAUACAUAGUUUUCUUUUCCCAAAGUCAUUCUAUACAUCCAUCUUUGAAAUGUAUUGUUCAGUGAUGACCUUUCCACACAGAUGCUAAUGCCAGUUUUCAAGCAUGCUCGGUCAUAAAGAUACAUUAACACAAUAUAAGAGCAGAUCUUUUGUCUAUCUGUCUGACUACUGAAUGAAUUGGCAAGGCACAGAAGCAAAUUGUUUGCUUUGAGAAACAUUUAUUGCCACCUGUUUUAAUAUUACCCUUCUUGCUGAACUUGCACUUAGAUGAUGAGAUUUUAUAAUAGAGCUAUAGCAAAUCUUUACAUUCCUAAUUUCUUAAACUAAAAUUGCAUACUUUCUUGGUCUAGUUAUAACUGUUGUUGGUUUUGGGGAGGAUGGUCAUUCUUUUUCCCCAGUGGUUUUCCCAGUUUGCUGUUUCACUCCUGAAUUUUGGCUGCUUAUCUGACUAGGCAAGUACACUGACAGGAAUCUAAUAAAAAAUAAGAACAGUAGCCGUUACUGAAGGUCGCGGCUACGGAAGGCUUCCAUACAGCCUUGCAAACAAAGCUAUUUCAUCAAGAGUUAGCGGUGAUUUCCUACUUUCAUGUACACAUACAAGAUUCCCUUGCAUCUUUAAAGAAAUUGUCUAUUCUUGUAGAAGCCUCCUGCAAAAGAGUGACCCUUAUUUAGUGGCAGCUCAGGUAGUGUUUAUAGUUAAUUCUUUUAAAUGUUCAAACUUUUUUAUUUUGUUAUUUUCUUAACUCACUUAGCUCAACAAAAUUAUAGCCAGGUGGAAAUUGUUUACAUAGCUUACCCCUAUCAUAUACCACCUCAUUACUGUGAAAAUCAAAAUAACUUGACCAUAGGUAGUUAACUUCUUGUAUAUUGAUAACAGAAGUGAUUUGGCUUCAUAUAAAGGCUUUAUGCAUAAAAAAUUACAAAACACAGUUGCUUUCAGAAGGAUUAGUAUCAUGUCAUGAUACAGCAGAGAAAGAAGGUGUAGUUGGUUUUAAAAUUACCAUGAUGAUUAUUACUAGUUACACUGUCUCCAAUAUGCCCACUGCAAUCACAGGGAAUGUCCAAUAGUUAAAAAAAAUAUGAACCAGCCUUUAAGCACCGCUUCAUCACCACUGAUUGUAUUUGUGUUUCUUUUUCCUCUUGUGCAGAUCUUCAGAACACUUCCUUUGAAAGCGCUUUCUGGGCGUCUUUGUUCUUAGAUAGUUCCCAUUAAAGCUUCUUUGCCCCUUGGUCCUGUCACUUCAAAGUGUGUGUGCUAGUGUGAGUGAAGGGAGGGUUAUAUAUCGUAGUUUCCAUCUGUUCUUUUUGCAUAACUAAUUUGUGCAUUGGUUUCCCUCAACCAUUUUUUUGUUCUGUUGGGAGAAAGGAAGUGGCUGGCCUAGGAGAUUGGAAGAUGAGAAAGCAAAGAAGGGUGUGCAUGUGCAAAGCAGAAGUAGGCAACUUGUGGCCCUCCAGAUACUUUGCCCUACAACUCCUGAGAUCCUGUAUAAUAAUGAGCCGACCUGAAAUCUUGUGUAAUGGGAUGGCAUACAAAAGCUUUUAAUAAAUAAUAACUCCCAUGAUUUCUCACCAUUGGCUAUGGUGGCUAGGGCUGAUGGAAGUUGUAGAUCAGAACAUCUGGAGGGCUACAAGUUGUUCAUCCCAGUGUAAAUCCUAAUCUGCUAGUUGUGCUGAGGGGAGUGAGAGACUCUGGAAAGGGAGAGAAGAUUCCCCCUCCACUCUAUGGUGAGUAACCCUGUUAUUCCGUUACAGUUUUAAUAUGCAUCUGUAAUUACUUUUACUAAAUAGCACACCAUAAAGCUUUGGUUAUAUAUUAAAUGUAAACUGAAAGGAAUGUAAACAUAUGUAUUGUUAAUUAUAAAUAGAUAAGUAAUGACAUAAUAGAUGCAAAAGGUCUUAUUCAGCUGUAUUAAUCAUUUUGCGUUACCCACCAGUUGUCGCAUGAUAGACUCUUUUUUGUCUCUGAAUAUGUGAAUAACUUGACUUGCGUUUAUCUUUUUACUUAUUUAAUAAAAAAAGUAUAUGUUACAA